AUGAUAAAAAUAUAUCCUUACCCUUUUAGUAAAUAUGUCAAAUCAUUACCAGAUCCUCCACCUCAUAAAUCGCGAGAAAUAAGGAAAUUUGAAUGUAAAAAAUAUGAAAAUGAUUAUAAUUGGCUGCUUGAAGCCAAAAAUAAUCUAAAAAAAUGUUUCCAUCUAUGUAAUGCAUGUUCAAAAAAAUUUAAUUAUAUGAGGUGCUUGGUAAAAAACUCAAAUGUACACUAUGAAUAUAUUCUGAACGACCGAAUUUUAAAGAAUGCAACAAAAUAUGGUGAUGAAAAGGAGCAUAGAGAAAAUGUAUAUAAUAAAAACUUGUGUGAUGAUAAAAAUAUUGAUAUUCAAUCCCAUGACAUAAAAAGCAACAUACUUAAGAUAGCUAAUAAUCAAUUGAAAUGUAGUAUGCAAAGUAAUAAAACAACUCCAAGCGAAAAAUCAAUAAAAGACAAUAGUAUAAUAUUUAGCAACUCUUUAAAUCCCAAUGAAAAUGAUACUUUAUCAUUUAAUGAUGAUGUAUUUAUAUUUUUAGACAGUUAUUCAAAUUAUCACAAACAAAAUGAAGAUACUUACGAUAACACAAAAUUACAAAAUAUUAGCUGUUUAAAAUAUGCUGAUAAUAUGCCAUCACAGUAUGAAAUUGGUGAUAUGAUAAUACAUAUAAAAAGAUAUUUUAAAAAUGACAUUUCGUAUUUUGCUUGUAAGCAUCUUACAAUGGAUGAUGUAUGUAAUUUGAAGGAUGAAAACAAUAAUUAUGAUAAUAUAAGCGUAUAUAUCUAUGAUAAUAGGGAGAAUUAUAUGAAUGAUUGUAUGAUAAAUAUGAGUGAGGGGAGCGAAGUGUACGAUUUAUCACAGCGGGGUCCUAUGAAUAUAAUUAAUGGGAACGAAGAAGAUUGUAUCUCAAAUAAUUUGGAUGGUAUAUGGAUGAACAAAUAUGGAAAUAAACCUUUUUUAGACACAAAUUAUUUAAAUGAGCAUACUAAAGAAAAAAAAAUAAGUAUUGAAAGCAUUAGUGAAAACGACAAAUUACAUGAUAUUUCCUAUUUUUACAAUAAAAAUAAUUUUAAUAAAUUAAUGAGCUUAGAAGGUAUAAAACAUAAUGAGGAUUUCAUAAAUAAUAUUUACGAGACUGAAAUAGUUGGUAAAAAAUUUGGUGACUCAAAGAAUCGUGUAACUAUAAAAAAUGGAAAGGAACAAGAUGACGAUUAUGAGGAUAAUUCAAAUAUAAAAAACUAUGAAAUAAAAGUAAAAUCCUUUAACAUAGAUGAAACAGAAAGGGCUAUUAAUUUAAAAUUAUUAGAGCAUAUAAUAAAAAAUAAAAUUCAAAAAAAACAUAAAGAAAAUGAAUUAGACAUAAGAAUGAAUAUUCCACAUUUUCAUGCUAAAGAAAAUUCAGAAACUUUAAAAAAAAGUAAGAUAAUAACAUUUUCGAAUUAUGAUGCAUUAUAUGCAAAGGAAAUAUAUGAUAAUAUAAAAGAUAAUAAAUCAGAACAAAAGGAAGCUAAAGACAAUAAAACAUCCUUAAAUAAGAAGAAAACUGAGAAUGUUAAAAUUGUAAACUCAUGUAAUUUGAAUGAUUUAUGUGAAAAAAAUAUCUCCAAUGUGAAUGGAGAUGAUAUAACUAAGGUUAACAGAUAUAAAACGAAAAAUAGAAAAGGUGAUAAUAUUGAUAAAAAAUAUAUAUGUUCUAAAAAUAACUUUAGUGAGGAGCUUAAUCAUGCUAAUAGUUGCGAUAGUGAUAAUCAAGAUGAUGUUAGUAUAAUUUCUAAAAAUAAUACAUAUAAUUCAUUAAAUGAAAAAUAUGAAAUGGAUUUAAAAAAAUGCGGCAAUUGUACAGAUUCUCCGAGUAUAAAUAGUAUUGAGGAAACUAAUUAUGAUAAUGCAAAAGGAUAUAGUUAUCUCUUAAACAAAAAUAAUGUAUCUGCAUCUACAAAAAAAGAAAAUGUGUCAUUAAUCAACUUUAAUAAAGCUAUAUCAAAAUGCAUUAAUAACAAAAUUAAUUUUGGUAAAUUAAAUAGCAAUGAAAAUGAACUCUUUGGAAAAUAUAAACUAAAUAAUAAUUAUUUAAAACACAAAGAACCUAUUGAUAAAAAAAAGACAAAAAAUAAUGCCAUACAUUCCAUAUAUAAAAAAUCGAAAGAUAUAUGUGAAGACGAAUACACGAAAUAUAUAAAUAAAAACAGUUCAAAUUCCAAUUUAAUAUUUGAUAAAGAACACGAGGGAAAAAAAGAAGAUGGGGAAAAUGAGUCAAAGAAAAACAUUAGUAGAAAAAAAAAGCAUGACACAGAACUAAAAAAUAAAUUAAAUAGCAUCUUAAAUAUAUGCCCCAUUCCUAAUAAUAUAAAUAUUCAUAAUAAAAUAUCUACAUCUGAUAUAGAAAAAAUAAAAUUAGAUAGUAAUAAGAUAGUAUAUAUUAACAAUAACUAUUUUUUUAACGUUAAAAAAAAUAAUUACAUUGAUAAAUGCGAUACAGAAACUACAAAUAAUUUAAUGAAUUAUAAUAUUCAAAAGAUCGAUUUUCAACUUUGUAAAAAUAAAAAAGAUAUUUAUUGUUUUAAGUACAUGAGCAAUGUUUUAUCAAAUAAUAGUUUGUCUAAAGAAUCGAUUCUUAAUGAGAAAGUUGAAUCAAAUAUUUUAAAGGGUAACCGCGAUAAGUUCAAUGAAAUACGAAAAAAAUAUUUAUUAAAAAAAUAUUUAUAUGAAGUUUUGAAUAAAAAAAAUUUACAUUCUAUUAAUGGUAGUAUUCAUAAUGUACCAAAUAUUAAUAGACAUAAUCUAAGUAAUAACAAAAUAGGGAAAAACAUAUAUGAUAAAAAUUAUAUACACACAGAAAAACUUGAAGGUAAUUUAUAUAUAAAACACAAACUUAAUGAAAAUAAAAAAAAUAAAAAGAGGAAUAUUAAAUUAGAAAAAGCUCUUGAAUCACCACAAGAACAAGAAAAAAUUCCGAAGCCAUUAGCUAGCCAACUAGAAGUUAAUUCAUCUUCACAUUUAAAAAAAACACCAUCUUAUCCAUUUGAAGAAAUUAAUUAA